AUGAACGCCGCGUGGCAGCCACGAGCCUUGGGCAUUUCCAAAAGAGCUGGCGACGACGUCUAUAUUCCCCAUCCCGCGCCAAGUUCUAUGCUAGCAGGCGACGAGGAUACGGUCAAUAUGGGCUUCUUUUCGGUUGUAAAGACCCUGGUAAUUCCAGCCAUUAUAUCUCUGUUCCUCUAUUUGGUGAUAUCCUACAUUGUGGUCCCAAUAUGGAAACGGUACAAAGGGAGGUAUAGCCAGUAUCUUCCAUUAGACACGAUAUCCACACAGACUUCCUCGAUACGGCGGAGAAUACUAGAUGCGAUCGCGAGAUGGGUGUUACCGUCCGCUUGGAGGUCACAAUUCAACAGGGACCAAUACGCAGUCAGUGCACAGGAUGGUUCUGGCAGUGAUUUCGAUGAGGAGGAUGGGGAAGAAUUAUAUGAGGUGGACGAGAAUCGAAGGGAAGCCUUAUCCCUGGAUGCCCGGAGAGGGAGGGAUGACGAUGGCAGACGAUUGAGUCGGGAUUUAGAAGAAGGGUUCAAAGACGAUAGCGAUGAGGAAGAUGACGAGAGGCAGGGUAGGACAUCGUCAAGAUGA